UCUCCGCGCAGGGAACUCGCCUACCAGAUCGCCGAGCAGUUCCGCGUGCUGGGGAAGCCCCUCGGCCUCAAGGACUGCGUCGUGGUGGGCGGCCUGGACAUGGUGGCGCAGGCGCUGGAGCUGUCGCGGAAGCCCCACGUUGUCAUCGCCACCCCGGGCAGGCUGGCCGAUCACCUGCGCAGCUCCAACACGUUCAGCCUCAAGAAGCUCCGGUUCCUGGUCCUGGAUGAGGCUGACCGGCUGCUGGAGCAGGGAUGCACCGACUUCACCGAGGACCUGGAGGUGAUUCUGGCAGCGGUGCCGGCCCGGAGGCAGACGCUGCUCUUCAGCGCCACGCUCACCGAUACACUGAAGGAGCUCAAGACCCUGGCCACGAACGAGCCUUUCUUCUGGGAGGCCACGUCCGAGGUGCGGACGGUGGAUGAGCUGGACCAGCGCUACCUGCUCGUGCCGGAGAUGGUCAAGGACGCGUACCUGGUCCAUCUGAUCCAGACCUUCCAGGACGAGCACGAAGACUGGUCUAUUAUUGUCUUCACCAAAACCUGCAAGGACUGCCAGGUCUUGAACAUGAUGCUCAGGAAGUUCAACUUUCCCUCUGUAGCUCUGCACUCCAUGAUGAAGCAGCGGCAGCGAUUUGCAGCUUUAGCAAAGUUCAAGUCCAGCAUCUUUAGGAUUCUCAUUGCCACUGAUGUUGCUGCCAGAGGUUUGGACAUUCCUACAGUACAAGUUGUCAUCAACCACAAUACUCCAGGCUUGCCAAAAAUCUACAUUCACCGGGUUGGCCGCACAGCCCGUGCAGGUCGGCACGGACUGGCUAUUACGAUGGUGACGCAGUACGACAUCCAUCUGGUACACGCUAUCGAGGACGAAAUCAAGCUGAAGCUGCAGGAGUUCUCUGUGGAGGAGCGCUUUGUGCUGGACAUCCUCACCCAGGUGUACAUCACCAGGAGGGACUGUGAAAUAAAACUGGAGGGGAUGGAUUUUGAUGAAAAGAAAGAAAUAAAUAAGCGGAAACAACUGAUCCUUGAAGGGAAGGAUCCAGAUCUGGAGGCCAAAAGGAAGGCAGAACUGGCCAAGAUCAAGAAGAAAAACAAGCAAUUCCGUGAGAAGAUCCAGCAAACACUGGAGGAUAAAAAGCAACUGCAGCUGAAGAAGAAAGUGCAGAAGAGGAUAGAGUGGCAGGAGAGGCGGCGUGCAAAGGAAGAGAAAUAACGUCC